UUCAAAAAUAAUAAUAAAAUAAUUGUACAUUCUUAAAGUGUUUACCUGAAAAAGCGUCCUUCUUGAAGUUCGCGCGUGACUCUUCACAAGUUGUGGUCGUGUUACCAUAGCAACCACCGGAAAGAGCUCAAUCAACGACUUCGAAAAGUAACCAAAAAAACGAUUGGAAUUAUUAACAAGAGUCUGCCUUAAAACUUGAACACUGCGUGAGUAUUUGACUUAAUGAAUCAACUCUGAAACUCCCCGAGGAGAACAUUUCACAGUUCGUUUUUACACGAAGCCGUGUGAACUAUCUAUCAGUGUUCAUUAAUGGCGUCCUUGUUAUGUGUUCGAGUGUAUGAUGGCAGCCAUGAAGUUCCGUGACAGGAAUGACACUCUCGUUGAUGUCAUGAAGGACCGACAGGAGCAACAACAUCUAGUGGGGAUACUACAGGAGCGGAAACAGAAGUUGGAGAGUUUGCAAAUGCGUGAAGUGGAGCUGCUCAAGGAAGCAAAGAAGGCCAAAGAUCUACUGUCAAGCUUUAAUACCUUUCCAAAGGAGCAAGAUGCUGAUGAAAACAUGAAGAAAGCUGAGAAGGAGAGGAAAGAAGCAAGUGAGAAAGAGACUGAGGUAAAGAUGCUACAGGAGGAGUAUGCCCACCUGCAGCACAGGAAACAGCAGCUCCUGCAUCACAUGCACAGAGACACUGUGUAUAAGAACUUCAUGAAGCAGGUGGUGAAAAUAACACAGUUUGAAGACGAGGCAUCUCUCGCAGGUCAGCUGGAGAGUCUUCUCCGCAUCCGAGAACAGCUCUGUGAGAAGCAGAGGCAAGACGAGGAGCAGGUGGACCACCAGAGGAAAACCCUGCUAGCUUUUAACAGCCAGCAUCACUUGAUGCUUCUGCACAACAGCAACCAGCUGUCACAGCUUCAUCGCAAACUGGAGAGGGCCCAACCUGAAGUGGAACACUGGGAGACAAUGUGGAAACAUAUCCAGGACACAGCAGCCAAGGAAACGCUCCUGCUGGGCUUGAUCAAGAUGGCGACGCUCAACCUCUAUGAGUCGACAGGCGGCGACGUGGAGGGAGAAAAAGGUGUGGCUCUGGGUGACACUGAGACACAACUGGACAAGAUCAAGAUGUUCAUCCAGGACCACAAAGACAUUGUGAAAUUACACCAAAGUACCACACAUAGCAACAACACAGAACAUAACACUGUAACUUUAUGAAAACAUUAUUGUGACUGUAUUUUAUUUUGACAUUACAUCUAAGUUAUUGUGCCUCCAUAGGUUUUCCAAUAUAAAGUGAAAACAGUGUACUUGUAUGGAAGUAGAAUUGUCUCACUUAUAUCAACUUAUACAUAUCGAUAUUAUAUUAAUACAUAUGCAUAUAUUAAUAAAUAUACAAAUACAAAUCUGAUAUGCAAAAAAAUAAUUUGUAUAAAUAUAUUUUUGAGAUUUGACAAUAUAUACAAAUAAAAUGUAUAAACAUAAAAAUGUGACAUACAAAUAAAUCAAGAAUUUGUAUAAAUAAACGUGUAUUUGUAAAUAUAUUUUUGAGAUUUGAAUAUAAAUAUGCUUGAUCUUGUAUUUGUAUUGAAUUUGCAUUUGUGGAUCGCUUUUUUGCUUUUGUGUCUAUGAGACAUUUCUACCACAAACCAGAUGCAAAAAUAAAAUGUGACCUACAAAUUCCCCUGAACAACCAGCCACACUUUGCACUGAUAAGAGAUCAGUAUCUACAUCGGGACAAGGUCAUUAAACGGCAUUGAUACAAUAAAAUAAGCAGCUAGCACGGUCUUCCAGAUUAACUGGAUAAAUUAGCAUUAGCUAAUAGAACGCUAACGUUAGCUAGCUCAGGCUCGUUGUGCGUUCUCUCUGUAAAGACAUGGAUUGUUUUUGUGCAGAGAACUCCGGGCAUUUUGCAUAUAAUGCAUAUAAUGCUCUGUGACCCAGACCGCUCUGGCUGCAGUGCCCUCUGCUGGUUGCUAAGGGGAGUGUGUAGGUCACAUUUAUUUGUGCAUCUGGUUUGUGGUAGAAAUGUCUCAUCGACACAAAAGCAAAACAGCCAUCCACAUAUGCAAAUUCAAUACAAAUACAAAUACAAAAUCAAGCAUAUUUAUAUUCAAAUCUCAAAAAUGUAUUUACAAAUACACGUUUAUUUAUACAAAUUCUUGACUUAUUUGUAUGUCACAUUUGUAUUUGUAUCAUUUUUAUAUUUAUAAAUUGUAUUUGUAUAUAUUUUCAAAUCUCAAAAAUAUAUUUACAAAUAUGCAUUUAUUUAUACAAAUUAUUUAUUUAUUUGUAUAUCACAUUUGUAUUUGUAUAUUUAUUAAUAUAUGCAUAUGUAUUAAUAUCAUAUUGAUAUAUAUAAG